AUGCCCUCUGCCAAGAGGGCGAACAAGGCCGGGCCGUCCAACGCCUCUUCCUCUUCCUCAAGUAGUGCCGCUCUACGAACUUCCAAGUCAGCCAGUACGGACAGUACGGCCUCUUUGCCCUCUCCUUCCAAGAGAGUCAUCGCAUCCCUGCGUAGAUUCCCUUCUCAGCUCCUCUCCGCCUUCUCUUCCGCCUCGCCUUCCACUACAUCCUCGUCGUCGAAAGGCAAGCGCAAGGCAGAAGAGCGCGAGCGCGACGUAUCUACUUCCACAUCCUCCAAAGGCAAAGCAAGGGCUAGAGAUCCGCCUCUCGAUUCGCCUGCACCCUCUUCUGCAGUGGGUGUGGCAGACGAGUCUUCUUCCAGUCCAGCUCAGAAGAGAGCGAGGAUUGCCGCGCCUGAGGCUCUUGGGAGAGAGGAAAGUCGCCGCCUUCUCGCGCUGCUCGAUAGUCCAGCGAGGAGCGAACGCGACUGGCAGAUGAUUUCUGUCGAGGAAGACGAGGAAACGAAGGCUGCCAAGAGGCUGCAGCAGGAUCCCGCUAAGGAUUUAGAGGAUGACGACGAAGUUGCAGGGCUCUUGGGAGAGACGGGAACGAAGGUGAACGGAGAGGGCAGCGGGAAGCGGGAGCCUGAGCCUCUGCCGGACCGAACAGCCGGUGAACCUCAAUCUGCAGAUGCAGAUGCUACUGAGCCGCUCAAUACAAGCAAAGAAGUGAACGGGGUCGAUAAAGAUCAGAAUGUGCCAGACGCGGCGGAAGAUCAAGAGAGCGAAACAGCUCCGAACGAGCUCGGAUCGACGUCAGCAGAAUCAGCGUCGGCAGACAUCAGCGAGCAAGCGGCAGAUGAGCCGAAGAAGGCCGAGGUCACCACAAGUCCAAAGGAAGCCGAUGCUGGAGUGCAAUGCGAUCUACCAGUAACGGAUGCGGCUGGCGGUGAGAGCGACGCUGAAGCAAGAACAGAGUCUAGGCAUAUUCUACCGUCUCAAGCCGACGUCAGUAUGGAGGAGAUGGUAGAGGAAGCCUCUGCUCCGAUAUCAACGGCGACAUUUCCCGACCUCAUCGCGACCGGGGACGAGCCUCAAAUAGGGACUGAGGCAGCCAAGACGGAUGAAGAACAGGCGCAGGUCGAUGAGCUGCCGACGAGCAUGUCUGAGCAGGAGCGCCCAGAGGCUGCUGACAGUAUUCUGGCCUCAGGGCUACCAAACGGCGAUGUGAUGACGGAUCCAGCGCCACCUGAAGCAGACGAAACACAGCCCAACAGUGACCCGCUCAAGGCCGCAACCAACCUGGCAGAAGAUUCAGCUGGUGUGGAACAAGCAGCAGAUGCAGCAGAUCCACCUUCCCGUAAUGGCGAUAUGCUCGAAGGAGAUCAAGAGGCUCAAAGAUCAGACUCGAAUGCUCCAACUCUUCCCUCGGAAGAUCCAGCCGAGCUCCAGCCGGAUUUGCAAGAGGCUUCCUUGCCCCUCUCACCGCCCGUCGUCAAUGGCCACGUAGACCCUUCGCCUCCAUUGUACCCAGCUCUCCCGAUUGUAGCAGAUCUCGAGAUUGCUCAAGACGUCUCGAGCGACUCUUUAUCCUCCCCGAAGAAGGAAGAGGCUGGCGAUCUUGGUCUGCGGGUCACCAGCGCGGACGCCUUGACGGAGGAGAUCGAACCGGUCGAGAACGAAAUGCUCGAGGCUGAGCAGCCGAACUUUGGGCAGGGUAUCGUCGAUGCGGUGUUCACUGAGCACGGACAGGACGCAGGUCUACCGGGUCGAGCAGAAGCAGCGGCACCAGGAGGUGAACAGGAAGAAGCUAUCUUGAUCCCUGCUCCGUCACAAGAAGCCGAGACUACUCCGCCACCCGCUGAAAAUGGCGUGGCUGAGCCGACAAUGGAAUUGGGCGAGGCAGAGGACAUAAUCGUGUCGUCAGACACAGAGACAGAUGCACCUGAGAGCAAUAUACCACCGCUAGCCGGAGUCGAAGCCGGAGAAGGUGUCAUACUAGAUGGCGAUGAGCUUGAUGAGGCCGACGAAGGCGAGGUGGAAGACGAGGACAUCGAUGAGCUGGAUGAGGGCUCUCUGCUACCUACUAAUCCUGCGGUCGAGGUGAUAGACUUCACCGCUGAAGACUCUUCGGACGAAGAGGACGAGAUCGUCAUGCCCCGGCCCAACGCGAGCGCUUCCUCAUCCACCGCCUUCACACGGACUCCAUCGAAUGGCCUACUACGGGGUCCCUUGUCUCGAGGUCCGCGCGAUGCCAUGUCGCCAGUGUCAAACGCCGAUUCUAGCGUUAGCGAUACGAUCCGCGCUCUUGGAAGAGCCAGCCUCAAUCCGCGAUCGCCCAGCACUGCUUCCUCCAUGAGUGCGAUGUUCGACGCUCAGCGUUACCACAAGCCCGCCAGAAAGGUGACGCCCAGCUCUCACUCGGCGAUGGCCAAGCGGCCACAUAUCUUCGAAGCAAGCCACAAGGCUCGUGUGAGGGGUAAAGCUCAGAAGGAGAUUGGUGCUCUCAAGGUCAUCUUCCAGAAGAAUGCUGUCUGGCUCAGUCGCAAGGGCUUCAAGACAUCUGAGCAACUCGGUGGGUGGCUAGAGUACAAGAAGCUCCUGGGCGAGAGGAUCUCAACGACGACUGGUCCGGCUCGAGAGAAGACGGCUGUGCUUCAGCUGCUCAACAAUGAUGGGUCUGACCUCGAACGUAAGCUGAGGCGACUACUCGGCAAAUCUGCCACUUCUGACAGUCGCAUCUCCAUCAAGCCAGGAAAAGAGCAGAAGCGUCUGCGCCGAGAAGCCCUCGCCAAGGAGCGUCUCCGUCGUGGCAUCCUCGGUCGUCCCCCCUUGCCCAAGACUCUCACCCCAGAGCAGGAAGCUCAAGUAGCAGCAGUACUGAGCGACUACGGCUGGAAAGUCUCUGUACCUGGGGCUACAGCAUCCAAUCGAGACGUGGCUAUGCUCCGCCCAGGCCAGUGGAUGAACGACGAGACGAUCACCUUUUACAUGACGAUGAUCAACCAGCGGUCCACCCGCGCAGAGGAAGAACGAGCCAAGCCUAACCACGAGAAGCGGUGGAACGCCUUUUACAGGGUGCACGCCUUCAACAGCCACUUUUGGGCAAAGAUUGACCAGGUAGGCCAUUCGGCCGUCGCGCGCUGGACACGCAAGAUCGACGUCUUCUCCAAGGACCUCAUCCUCGUGCCGUGCAAUCUGGGAAAUUCGCAUUGGACUUGCGCCGCGGUGAAUUUCCGUCGUAAGAGGAUCGAAUAUUAUGACUCGAUGGCGGGGGAGAAUCGGAGGGUGACGAGCAAGCUGAGGGAGUACCUCAAGAAGGAGAUGGCGGAUAAGAAGAAGGACGGAGUGAUCGAUCUGAACGAGUUCACAGACUACUUUGCCUCGGACUCUUCACCACAACAGCGAAACGGCUUCGACUGUGGCGUCUUUGUAUGCGCCGCCCUCGAGCAGCUCUCCCGUCGGGACCCUUCCCACCCUUCCUUUGAUGAGGAUCCUCCCAUCGUCUCCCUUCACUCCGAUGACGAUGAAGAUGAAGACACCUCUGACGAGGAGGAGGAGGAGGAAGACGACGACGACGGGGAUGGGUAUGCCCCCAGCGGCAAGAAGGGGAGGAAGAGGAACAGAGGUGAUGGGUACGAAUGGAAUUUUGGACAAGAGAAUAUGCCUUAUAUGCGCCGGAGGAUCAUCUAUGAGAUUAGCCAAAGGGCACUUUUAGAUUGA